GGGAGCUCCCGAGAGUGGCCAGGGGUGGUGGUGGCAGGUGUGGUUUCAAGGUUCAGGGCUUCUGCCAGGGCUGUGCCCGAAGGAAAGGGGUGCGUCCCGCGCCAGCCUGGAGGAGGACCGGUAGGGACAGAGACCCGGAGGGGGAUCCGGCGGGGAAGAUGGCUGGACCCGGCCGGGCACUGAGCGCGCGCCGCCUUUGGGGUCCCAGGCGGCCAGGCAGGGCGGGGGCGCCUCGCUCUCUUCCCGCGCCCGCGUUCUUUCCUACGAGGGAUGUGCGGCGGGGUUCGGCGGAGGAUCGGUGGGUGCUGCGUGGGUCGGAAGCUCGGGCUUCCCGGGGUUAGCGUGGAGGGAAUGGCUCGGAGCGCCGCGGGCCACGGCGGUUCGCGCCCGCGCUGGCUCCGGGCUGGAGCGAGGUGAGUGUCCCCGCCAGGGGGCGCACUGCCAGGCCACUCUCCCUCGGAAGGCGAGCGCCGGCGCUACCCGCGCUGAAAUGGGGACACGCGGAACCCCAGCCCCACUGCCCGCAGGCUGGGCUCCAGGACGCACGGGCACCCGCCCCAGUGGACCCGGGGAGGGUCCCGAGCCUGAGACUCGCCUGCCGCGGUUAUCACUGGACAGAUCGGCUGACAUGAGGUGAUUUUUCCUGGGGGUCUGCAAAGGGAGUUUAUCCUGAAGCCACCAGCAGAAGGAGACCUCGAGGGGAUCUUGUCACCUGUGGACCGAAAGGGAAAGAGGCCAGUCGGAAGAGGUGCACCUGGAGCCUGCUGGAACCCGCACUCUGAGCCCGCCAGCAGAGCUGCUCUUAAAGAAGAUUCUAGAAACACAGGCACGACCCUUAGAAGGCUUCCCAGCGCCAUCUACCAGGACAAGUUGGUGGAUCAAAGAAACGCACAGCGGCCCCUCUGACCAGGAGCCUCCGUCCUGCUGACACCCGAAGCACUGCCAGGUCCACCCACCAUGGAAGGCGACUGUCUGAGCUGCAUGAAGUACUUAAUGUUUGUUUUCAACUUCUUCAUAUUCCUGGGAGGCACCUGCCUGCUGGGCGUGGGCAUCUGGGUCAUGGUGGACCCCACCGGCUUCCGGGAGGUGGUGGCGGCCAACCCCCUGCUCUUCACCGGGGCCUACGUCCUGCUGGCCAUGGGCGGCCUGCUCUUCCUCCUCGGCUUCCUGGGCUGCUGUGGGGCCGUCCGCGAGAACAAGUGUCUGCUGCUGUUUUUCUUCCUGUUCAUCCUGAUCAUCUUCCUGGCGGAGCUCUCGGCGGCGGUCCUGGCCUUCAUCUUCAGGGAAAACCUCACGCGGGAGUUCUUCACCAAGGAACUCACCAAGCACUACCAGGGCAACAACGACACGGACGUCUUCUCCGCCACCUGGAACUCGGUCAUGAUCACCUUCGGCUGCUGUGGAGUCAACGGGCCUGAAGACUUCAAAUUCGCAUCAAUUUACCAAAUGCUGGCCCAAGACAGCGAGGAGGUGCCCGAGGCCUGCUGCCGGCGGGAGCCCCAGGGGCGGAAAGGGGUCCUUCUGAACAGGGAGGAGUGCGUCUCGGGGAGGAGCCUGUUCAUCAACACGCAGGGCUGCUACGCGGUGAUCCUCAACACCUUUGAGACCUACGUCUACCUGGCUGGGGCCCUCGCCAUCGGGGUCCUGGCCAUCGAGCUCUCCGUCAUGAUCUUCGCCAUGUGCCUCUUUCGGGGCAUUCAGUAGAGGGCGUGGCCUGAGGACUGGCCCCGCCCACCAAGCCCAGCACCAGUGCCCCUCUGGGUGCCCCUGGCCCCAGGGCGGAGACGAGGCCUUCGUGGGCGGCCAGAAGGGCCAGGAGCGCACAGCUAUUUUUUUAACAAGAUGAAGACAGAAAUGGGGACUGACGCGCCCUCGCCUGGGCUGGGACCCCGCGCCUGACCCGGGAUGCAGCAAGGCCAGGCCUCUCGGCCCAGCCGGACCGGGCGCGCCUGGGCCUGGGCGCUCUCUCCCCACAGCUUCGCGACCUGGUGCCAAGAAAAUGAGGACUCAAGAAGACACUGACAAAGCCCCAGAGCCCCCAGGAGACUCGGUGGCCUCACCCUCGGGGGCUCGGAACCUGGAGGGCAGUCCCUGCACUGCCAGGGGACGGAUCUGUGUCCACUGUCAACAGGGGCCAAGGUGGGCUGCUGCCAAACACUGGCUCCGGGAGUGGCCUCGCUGGCAGUCCCUCCUGUCCCCAUCUGUCGGACCAAAUCACCUGUGAGGCCCAGAGAGGGACUGUGGGCUGUCGCGUCACACAGCACAUGUGUGGUGGUUCUGAACAAGAACCUGCCUCCUCUCUGAGGUGCGUCUCUCCAUCCGGGACACCAUGGGAUCCGCUGCUCACAUACCCUCUGGCUCAGGAUCCUGUUUUCCCAGGAAACAUGGGCCGAGCUGCCAGGAAAUGCCCCCUCCCGGCUCUGCAGCUAAGAAGUCGAUCGCUGUCCCCCUUUCCCUCACCUCCCCACUUCUCCACCAGCCCCCUGCCAUGGACACACAGCGCUUCCCCUGGGGCACACUGCCCACCUCUCCCCACAGGCUCCUCCUCCCUGUCCAUCCCCAACUCCCUGGCCCCAGGAUGAAAGAAACCCCCCAAAUCUUCUGGUUCUCCCGGUUCCCACCCAGAAUGGAGGCUUGGAUAUGUUCUGCAAGACUCCUGCCAAGAAUUCUCCACCCUCUUCUUGCAUACCUCCAGGGACAGGGAGCUCACUACCUCCCCCGGCAGCCUUUGCACUGCUCCCACCCCAGUCAGCUCGACAGACAGAACAGGCUUCUGCUUUCCUCUG